UAUCACGGAAUUUCCAUAGUGUUUUGAUCUACACUUAUAUCAUGCCUGAACCAGCGAAGUCUGCUCCCAAGAAGGGCUCCAAGAAAGCGGUCACUAAGACCGCGGCUAAAGGAGGAAAGAAGCGCAGAAAGUCCAGGAAAGAAAGCUACGCCAUCUACGUGUACAAAGUGCUGAAGCAGGUUCAUCCUGACACCGGGAUCUCUUCGAAGGCGAUGGGGAUCAUGAACUCUUUCGUCAACGACAUCUUCGAGCGCAUCGCCGGUGAGUCGUCUCGUCUCGCUCACUACAACAAGCGCUCCACCAUCACCUCGAGAGAGAUCCAGACCGCCGUGCGUCUGCUGCUGCCCGGAGAGCUGGCCAAACACGCCGUGUCUGAGGGCACCAAGGCCGUCACCAAGUACACCAGCUCCAAGUGAAGCGUGACCUGACUCCGACAACCCCAACGGCUCUUUUAAGAGCCACCCAUCUUUAUCACAUA